UUUGUGUGUGUUGAAAGGAGUGAUGUGGCUUUAUAAUAAGCAGCGAGAAAAAUCAUGAAAAACUUAAAUUUUGCUUGUUUUGUACAUAUUUCCUGUUUAGUUUUAGUGUUAACCGUAGCCGGAAGUAGUUCGAAAGAAUGCGGCGAUAAGGAUUGCAAGACUCCGAUUGCCAAAGGGUACGUAACGUUGCGCUACAUGGGCGGUGGCGGGCAGAAAGUCAAUCUGGCCCAAGGUGAAAAGCUGCUGAUUCUAGGGAGGAAUUUCGGAAAGGAUAGAGACUUUCUGGUGCAAAAGGCGGAUGGCAAAAUAGGAUUGGCCAGCACGAAAUUCGUCCGGGAGAGUGAGAUUCUGGUGCGAACGAAGGAUAGGAUUGAGAUUCCGGAUGUAGAGCUGCAAGCGCAAAUCGAUCCAUCGUCUACUACCGAGCAGAACGUGAUUGAUGGAACAACGAUUAACAAUGUUCAGUUAACGGAAAAACCAACGAUCGAACAAGAACCGGCGCCGGUUGAGGAAAAAACCCCAGAUUUAGAGGUCAUUCCUACGGGGAGUACUAUCAAUCAGGAACCAACAGGUCUUCCAACGGUGAAUAAGGAAACAGUAGAAACGAAUCCGACUGAAGGAAAAGAAACCGCAGCGGUACUAGAAGAAGAAGACGAAGAAGGUGAAGAUGACGAGGAAGAAGUCGAAGACGAGGGCGAUGAAGGUGAAGAUGAAGCUGAAAGUGAAACUGCCGAUCAAGAGGUGGGCAGUUCUACAGAGCAACCGGUGGAACGACCUAGUGAAGUUUUAGAAGAAGCAAAAGGAAACAUAGUGGAAAAUUUAAAUCAAGGUGAAGAAUCUGUGGAAAUUGUGGAAGAAAGUCAAGAUAGUUCCGAAACAGCAGAUCCUCCAGCGACUGAAGAAAGUAUCGCCUCUCCCGAGAAUACAUCCACAGUCGAACCAACGGCAACGGAAGCUCCUGUAGCUGAUGAACCUGCAGUUCCUCCAACCGAAGUUGUGGAAAUUACGACUCCAAGUUCUGUAGUGGAGCAGCCCACACAAACAAGUGAACCGGUUGAAGCUCCUACUACUGCUCAAGUCGUCGAAGAAACAACCCCUCCCAUAGCUGUUGUUGAUCUGAGGGAGGAAAUUCCUGUGACGGAGGAACCUGAGCUAAUCCCGGAGGCCUCAACCGCAGCAAGCACCAAUCAAAAUGUGAUUGAUGAAGCUACCCUAACUCCGGAAUCUGCAUUACCUCAACCACCACAUGGAUUACUGAGAGGAGGCCUGGGCAGUCUCCUGUCGCAUAGCCAUCAUCACCAUCAUCAUCACGGCCACGAUCACCAUCAUCAUCACGGUCACGAUCACCAUCAUCAUAAUAAUCAGGUGGAAGUAAAUGGGAACCAACUGGAACCGGAGAAACAUGAACACGAGUUACCGUUCAUCGGGGGAAUUGGACAAGAGUCGUUGGAAGAACUUCCGGAUCGGAAGCCUCUGGAGAAGGAACCGGAUUCCACAUCCAACGAAGAAACGGUUCAACAUCACGGUGAGCAGGAAAAAGUUGCUCCGGUUGCUCCUGAAGACGGAUACUGCGAUCAGCAGUCCUGCCCUCAGCCGAAUCCUGCGCAGCCCUCCCCUCAGCACCAGCACGCCAAUGGAUUCCACCAUUCGAUGGUGAAAGAUAGUGCCAACGUUAUGGAAGAGCAGCAGGAGCCUCUGCAGGAUGAGACGAUGUCAUCCUCCUUCGUGGACAAUCAGGAGGAAGAGGAAACGGAUUAUGCGAAGAUGUUCAUUGUUGAACUAAUCAAGUUGAGUGACUUGAUCUUGCUUCUGGGUAUAACAUCCUUCACGUUGAUCGUGUUCUCUCUAGGUCACUAUUUGAUCAACAAGAACCGCAAAGAGAAGCCGCUUAUAUAUAAGUUGAACAUGGUCGAACGGGAUUUGAUGGCAUCGCACAAGGAGAAUGCCAUGCUCAAGAGCGACCUGUCCGAAACGAAACACAAACUGAUCAGCAUCGAAAACAAUUCAUUCGGUUCGAACGAUAUGGUGAUCGCCCUCCGUCACGAACUGGAAGAUGCAGAGCAGGCCAAACUCGAACUGCAGGAACAGAUCGCUUCCCUGGAAAAGGAGCUGGAGAAUGCCGCCGAAGCUGGACUGGAGCUGAACAAAAUGGUCGCUGAACUGUUAAAUCAAAGUGGAAGUGAUUCGAUUGCCUUGACGGUGGAUGAACUACAGAGGCAACUGAACGAACAACAGCAAACGAUCCUUUCGAUGAACACGACCUUGGCUGACAAGAGUCGCGAGAACAGUGAACUCCAGAUUACCCUCGGCAAUCAGUCUGCCAAGUUCCAACAGGACAUGGAAGACCUGCAGCAAGCGUUGAACGAUAUUAAACUGGAGAAGAACAACAUGGAGAUCGAGCUGAACAAUAUCAAGAAUGGCCAGAGUUCACAUCUGGAGACGUUCAGAAAAGAAAUGAACGCUGAAAUCGCUAAACUGAACAAGGAGGUCAAAACUUACCAAGCGAAGUGGGAGGAGGGAAAGAAGGCUUUGAAUUCUGCCGAAGCAAAAGUGGAAGCACUGGAAGAUUGCAUCAAAGAUAUUAAGCGGGGCAAUACUGGUGGAACCGUCGAUGGGCUGAUCGUUUCGGCUGAAUUGAAGGCACAGGUAGCGGUUCUGAGUAAGGACAAACUCAACCUACAGGACCAAUUGCAGGGGGAGAUUGUUGCCCGACAACUGUUGGACGAUCAUGUUAAGAUCAUCAACGAGGAGAUUUCGUCCUUGAAGAAGGAAUUCAGUCAGGCCGAAAAGGAUAAGCUGGAAGCUGAAACUCGCCUGGAGGUACUGUCGUCGUACUUUAAAGACAAGGAAACGCAAUUGCAGAAGGAAUUAAGCAUCAAGGAAGCCAUGUGGAUGCAACAGCAGGGAGAAACAACCAGCACUGUCGAGAGGAUCCGACUGAUGCAGGACGAGAUUCAACAGCUAAAAUCCCAAAACGAUAAGCUGCGCGCCGAAAUCGAAGCUCAAGCCACUGCCCACAAAGCACAGUACACGGCGCUGGAGACACGAUCACACGAUGCCUGGCUAGCGGCCCGCCAAGCCGAACGCCGUCUCGAGGAAUCCCGCAACGAAUCCAGCGCACUGCGGCGUAAACUCACCGCCCUCGGGGAUGCCUCUGUCAAUAACUCAGUAUCCGAUGGUCUCAUGCCAAAUGUAGUUCCUCCGGCAGACAUGAACCUUACUGCCCCAUCACCCAUCCGAGUAGAAUCCCCCAAUGCUCCUCCCAUGAUGGGACUGCCUCCGCCUCCGUUCAUGCCUCCUCCGUUUGCACCUCCCUUCAUGCCCCCGUUCAUGCCUCCGCCGGGUCCGGGAGAGAUGCGUCCCGCUCCCCUUGGUCGCCUUAUGUCCCCUCCUCCGCCUAACCGAUACAGUCCUAGUCUGAUCGAUAGCCGCGAUCGGUACACCCCUGAACGAGGCCGGUACUCUCCGGACAGUCGCUACGAUUACUCUGUGAUGUCCAACUACGAAACGGAAACCGAUUUUAGUCCUCCGCCGUCUCCUCCGCCCCAUUCGCGGCGUUCCAAUUACGAUCGGGAGCGUGAUCACCACCGCUCGGAUCGGGACCACGACCUCCGGGAUCGAGACCGGGAUGUACGGGAACGCGACGGGCGCACGAGUGGCAGCGGAGGUGGAGUUGAUCGAAGCGGUGGCGCCGGUGGAUAUCCGAAAGCAUUUUCGCCACCCGGCAUGAGGACAACUUCCCCGCCCAUUCAGGAUCCUAGGAAUAAAAAAUAUCAAGGUGGUUUCAGUUCCGGCUCACAAGACUCGGUUGCAACCCGGAAGAGCGGCAAACAGUAUAAGAACAGUAAACCUUCGGCGUAAAUAUGACUUACGAACAAUUACCUUCUAUUUACAUGGUAGUGUAGUGGAAUCUUUCUGUAUCAUACGAAACGUUGUGUGUGUAUUAAGACGAAAAUGGAUUUCCUUCAUAAUGGGGUAAUGUUCGUUUAAGGAAAUUUCAAACUGAACAUAACCUCAACAACUAAAAAUCAGUUCCAAAAUCAUCGUCUCAGAAGUGGACUAUCUAUAUCCAAUGUAGAUGAUUUGAUUGAUCCUCAAAUCACUCUUGAAAAUCAAAGUACUUGUGUCACAUCGAAGGAAAAAGUGUAAAUUUAGAUAAAAAAGGAUUUUGUUAAAAUAAGCAUUUAUGAUUAAAAAACGAGUUUAAAUGAAUUUAUUUUCCCCACCUUUGUACAAAACAUAAAGUACUGCUGCAAUAGUUAACUGACGUGGUGAAUGAUAGCAAACAUAAACCAACAAGUUAUUCAAUAAUCAAAAUCAUAUUUAUACAAAAAA